AUGAGCCUCCAACCUAUGGUAGCAGUCAGCCUGCUCCUUACGGUCGGCACAUUUGCGCGCUCAAUUAUUGGUAGCGGUCAAGGCUUCGGCACCUACUAUUACGAUAUCGAGCAGGUGGAAAGCUGCGGUACUUCGUUCCAAUACCAGAACAAGGGGGGGUUAAUGUGCAGCCCCACGACCCUGCUGUCUCUUGAUCAGAUAAACACCAACUAUGUGGUUGCGAUGAACAACACCCAGCUAGGUAUGGAUCUAUCCAUGUACUGCGGUAGGAGAGUCGUCGUUUCUAUCAAUGGACAGCAGUCUGACUUGCAGCUUUUCAUCGGAGACGGCUGCCAGCGCUGUGGCCUCGGAUCGUCUGUCAGCGACAUAUGGAAUGCAGAGGGUGCUCCAGGCCUUGAUUUCAGUUACACUGUCCUCAACGAGUUGUCCGAUGGGAACGCCUGUACCGCUGGCCACGUCGCCAUCUCAUGGGAAAUCCUCGACGAGAAAAUAUAUGACUUUGAUAAUAGCUCCUCGGCUAUUAUCUCAGUUUACGAUUCGACAUCGUCUCAAACUACUGCCGUGGAGCCCUUAGUUCAGUGUCUAACUCAGACUGAGUCUCCGACAACUAUGACUAUCGAUACACCAGCUACUCAAUCUACUUCAUUCUCCGCGGUAUGCUCGGAGAGCGCAUGGCAAUGCGAUGGUGACGCGCUUGAGCAGUGCGUCAAAUCUGUCUGGCACCCCCGUGCUACAUGCAUGGCUGGUCACAACUGCGAGGGUGGUUCAAAUCCGUACUGCAUCUGA